AUGCUCAACUCCCUAGCCAAUCAUGGAUUCCUCCCACACAGCGGCAAAGAGAUCAUGUUAAAUACUACUGUGCACGCCCUCGGCGCGGCACUGAACAUCAACGAGGAGGUCGCUACGAACUUGUUCAACUUCGCAAUCACAACGAACCCAGAACCGAACGCGACUGAGUUCUCUCUGGAGAACCUGGGGCGACACAACGUCUUGGAGCAUGAUGCUAGUUUGACCCGCGCAGACUUCGACGUAACCGGCGACUCGGUCACCUUCAACCAAACCGUCUACGAAGAAACCCGCUCCUACUGGACCGACACCACCAUCACCGUGCAGCAAGCCGCCGACGCCCGCCUCGCCCGCUACACCACCUCGAAGGCAACCAACGCCAACUACAGCAUGAGCACCUUGGGCGACAAUUUCAGCGCCGGCGAAUCAGCUGCCUAUCUUUUCAUCCUGGGAAACAUUGACACGCAGUCGGUGCCGAGGAAGUUCGUGGAGUACUUGUUCGAGAACGAGAAGCUACCCACUGAGGUUGGCUGGGUGCGCCCAGACCAUGUGUUCACUUGGGAGGACUUGCAAAUGGGGAUCGAGCUGAUUUACAAUGCUACCGGGACGACGGGGGAAGCGGCGCGUAAGAUGCGGUUGAGCAGGGAGAUUCAUGGGGGGAGCUUGAGGGUCUAG